GCACCAGUCUCGAUCCAACAGCACGCCGCGCCGCUCGCCCUCAUCCCGCCAGGGAAAGCAUGAUACUACUUUACAACUGAAUCACGAGUGUCACACAAACUUUAGACUUGUUACAUGAAAGGGAAGAAAUUAGUGAACAAGAUGCCGGAAGGAAUCGAGCCCGUGUCCAGGGUCAUCUACCGCGAAGUCACGCCGGAGCUGUCCCAGCACAUGUUGACGGAUGUGGACAAGCUGCCGGCGGUGCAGCUCGGUGACUUCCUGCUGCAGAUAGAGCUGGACGAACCGAGCGACACUUUCCGGGAGAUCGCGCGCAAGGAGCUGCGGGAGACGCCAGAAGUCACCGGGCCCGCCAUUGCCGAGCUCAAGAGACUGCUAGAAGCGGACAAGGACUUACACGUUCCACUGGAAAGUGAUGCCUGGCUGGUCAGAUUCUUGCGACCCUGCAAGUUCUACCCCGAAAGCGCAUAUGAGCUGAUCAAACGUUACUACGUUUUUAAGGUGAAGCACGCGAAGCACUACGAUGGUCUGAUGCCCAGCAAAGAGCAAAACAUCUUUUACCAGGACAUACUGUCGGUGCUGCCCACGCGCGACCAAUUGGGCCGGCGUAUUCUGGUCGUCGAGUUGGGCAAACGCUGGAAGCCAAGUAAAUGUACACUGGACGAGGCUUUCAAAGGCUGUGUUCUAUUCCUCGAAGCGGCAAUGAUGGAGCCAGUGUCACAAAUCUGCGGCGCGCAAGUCAUCAUGGACAUGGAGGGGCUGUCCAUGCAGCAGGUCUGGCAGUUCACACCGCAAUUUGCUAAGCGGCUACUAGACUGGCUUCAGGAAAGCAUACCACUGCGAAUCAAAGGCGUGUUCAUAGUGAACCAGCCGUACAUCUUCAACAUGGUGUACCAACUGUUCAAGCCGUUCCUCAAGGAGAAGCUGCGCUCGCGGCUAUUGUUCGUGGGCAAGGACUGGGAGCUGCUUCACAAGCACGUGAGCCCCAAGUGCCUGCCGGAGGCGUACGGCGGCACGCUCAGCACCCCCAAGGUGACCGGCCCGCAGUGGCUGGAGCUGCUCAUGAUGUGUGAUAAGGAAUUUAGUGCCAUCGCGUCGUACGGGUAUGUGAAAAAGUAAUUGGUGUAUAUGUGUGGCAGCGCGCACACGUGUAGUGAUUAUUGGUGCAAACUAUAAAACCAA